CUGGCCCCGGCCCGGCCCAGGCCAUGCAAGUCCCUGCCCUGCUCCUGCUCACACUCGUGGCCCUGAUGCCCCCAGCCCAGGCCUGCCCCUCGGAGAUGAACAAGGUCAAGGACCUCCUGGAGGUGAACUGCACAGGGAAGGCUCUCAGCACAGUGCCUGCAGACUUGCCUGCAGACACGGGCAUCCUGCUGCUCAGUGCCAAUCGCCUGGUGUCCCUCUCCACCUCCGCCUUCCUGCCCCUCAGCCAGCUGCAGGACCUUGACCUAUCCAACAACGGGCUGAUGACUCUGCACACCGGGGCCCUGCUGCCAUCCCUCAAGGAGCUCACCCUCUCCCACAAUGCGCUGGAGACCCUGCCCACCCUGCAGGGCCUGCCCGCGCUGACCCGCCUGGCCGUGGCCCACAGCAGCCUGGUGACACUGGCCCCGGGGGCUUUCCGCACUGUGCCACAGUUGCAGGACCUCGACCUGAGAGGGAACCAGCUGCGCACGCUGCCCCAGGAGGCCUUCGCAGGGCUGGGGGCACUCAAGGACUUGGACCUCUCAGACAACCUCCUGGAGGAACUCCCCAAGGAGCUGCUGCAGGAUCUGCAAAAGUUGGAGACCCUCUGGCUCUCAGGGAACCGUCUGCAAACCCUACCCACCAAUUUCUUCCCUGAGGGGCAUCUCUUCAUGUAUGUCUUCCUCACUGAGAACCCCUGGCACUGCGACUGUGACCUGCGCUACCUGCGGAGCUGGAUCCAGCAGAACGAUGGCAGCGUCUAUCAGCCAGAGAGGGGCCUGGAGGAGACAAAGGUGGAGCUUGCCCCCAGGAAGGUGCUGUGCCACAGCCCUGCUGAGCAUCGGCAGAAGCCUGUCAUUGACUUCAAACCCAACUGCGGCAACAUGGGGGAUGCAGAUGAGGGUGGAGAGGAUGACUAUAAUUAUGGGGAAGAAACAAUAGAGAAAACUACCAUGACCACCUUCUCCCCGCAUCCAUCCAUCCCCGAAGAGCACGCUACUGUGUCCCCUGCUGUUACCUGGCCUCUCCUCCGUACCACCAGACCUUCCUUGAGCACCCCUUGUACCUCCACCCUUGCCCCAAGCACUUUGCUUGUGAUGCCCACAAGCACCAGAGACCCCAGCACCACCACUGCUAGACCAUCCAAUCCUACAGUCAUAUUCACACAGACCCCCAGCACUGCCAUUCUCACUGGUACUCUUACCAGCACCCUGCACAGACCCACCACCCUUGUCUCUGCCACCUCACUGUAUACCACUGUGAGCAGCACCCCUCCCACCAAGAGUGGCCUCCCCCAAACCACCCUUGCUGACAGUACUACCUAUGCCACUCUUGUGGCAUCCACUGGCACAUUUCUCAACACCUCCACAGCAGUACCUUUGACUGCCAUGCUGGAGGCCUCUUCCAUUGUUAGAUCUUCAUCUCCUCAUUUGAUGUCAGCCACCACCAUGCUUUCCACUUGUGACCCAACACCACCAGCUCCCCUGGACCCCACACGUUUCACCCAGCCUGCCCGUUCCUCCCCACCUGCACCUCCUCCCCUGUGCCCGUGCUCCAUCCCAGGACAGGCUGCACCCGUGCUGCAUUUGCAGGCAGGUGGGGGGGGUCCACAGUGGGGGCAGUGGCUGCUGAGGCACUGCUGCCUGCUGCACUGGGUGCUCUACCUGUUUUCCUUGGCUCUGCUGGUCCUGACCAUGCUAGCUUUAGCAGGCUGGCUGGCUUGGAUGUGCCUGGUGGGACAACCCUUCUGGCAUCAGUCCCUGAAGACCCAAGACAUGCAGUAUCUGCUGCUGGGGUGGAGGGAGUCAACAGCAAGCCCUGUGAUGCAUCUCAGCAGCUUCAAAAGCCCCCUCCAGCGCCCCACAUUCUGUACCAUCAAGGAAGUAGAGUUAUACCCUGAGGUCACCUACUGCACAAUUAAAGAUCUGGGGAUACAGCGCAGUCCUCCUGCAAGUUCCUCCUUCUGCACCACAAAGGAGCUGUGGGUCCACCAUAGUCCUCCACACCCUUCAGCCAAGCCUUUCUCCAGGAACCUGAUGGUCACAGACCUCAGCUUCCUGAGGACCCUCUCUGCAUACAGCCUGGACAGGGGUGUCGAUGCCAUGGGUGAUGUCAGAGUGAAAUAUGCUGGCAACACCUUGUAAAUACUUCUGUAUGCUCAGAGAAAGAGAUGGAGGGUUGUGGCUCUGCUUCAUGCAUGCUUGUUUUACAUGGGAAAGAUCUGCUUGCCCAGAGAAAGCUAUCCAGCUUCUUCCUCUAGUAUUUUCCACCAGCCUGAGGUUUCUAGAGCUAAAAUAAUUACUUGGGUAUUUGACAGGGGAAGAUAAUGUCCUAAAUUGGUCAGUGAUAUUUUGGGGCUGCCAAUGCCUGGUUUCAGGAUGAGGAAGGGCAAGCAGAGCUUCUGUUGUGCUCUGUGUCCCAACUGCUUCUGUUCAAAUGAUGCAUGCAAAGAUGUGCUAAGCUUUCCACUCAGUGCCAUGUUCUUAAUCACAUAAUAAAUAUUGU